AUGUGUUUUGUCGUGGGAGGUCUCUUCACCAGCAUUAUGAAGGAGUCUCCCCCCAGCCCAGAGAAAUCAAGCUACUCCAAGCGCAUGGGCAUCAGGAAAGGCAAAGAAGGGGCCGGAGAAUGUCCUGGCAAGAACCCGGCACCACCAACUGAGCAACAGUCGGUAGCCAAACAGCCAACAGUCCAACAACCAACAGUUCAACAACAGGCAGCAGCAAAGAAAGCUGUGGACCAAACCCCUAAGGAUGCCAGUGAGUGGCAGCAGGUGACCAGGAAAGGACGCAAAGCAGCUACCCUUCCUCCAUCUACCCAGCUGGAAGUCUCAUCGGGGCGUAAACAACAAAGCCCGAAGCAGAAGCCUUCUCAGAAGCAGCAACAACAACAGAUGCAGCAACAGACCCGGCAGCAGCAUGAAGAGACACAGCAACGCCAAGAGGCACAGCAGUGCCAACAGACGCAGCAACAACGACAGACACAGCAACGCCAAGAGGCACAGCAGUGCCAACAGACGCAGCAACAACGACAGACACAGCAACGCCAAGAGGCACAGCAUGACUUUGUUUGCUUUCAAGAGACUUUCUUUCUUUCUUUCUUUCUUUCUUUCUUUCUUUCUUUCUUUCUUUUCAUUUUCUUUCUCAUUCCAAGGGACUUUCCAUCUUUCUUUCUUUCUCUCUUUCUUUCUUUCUUUCUUUCUUUUUCUGUCUUUCUUUCUUAUUCCAAGAGACAGAUUUUCUUUCUUUCUUUCUUUCUUUCUUUCUUUCUUUCUUUCUUUCUUAAUCCAAGAGAGAGACUUGCUUUCUUUCUUUCUUCUUUCUUAUUCCAAGAGACUUUCUUUCUUUUCUCGCGACCUCCAUUCUUCUUCCGCUUUUCCCUUUUUCAUUUUCAUCCAUAA